AUGCCGUUUGGUCUGACAAAUGCGCUUGCAGCUUUUAUGGACUUGAUGAACAGGGUGUUCAAGGAGUAUUUGGAUAAGUUCGUAAUCGUGUUCAUUGACGACAUUCUAGUGUAUUCGAGGAGUUAUGAGGAACACAAACAACACUUGAGGACAAUGUUGCAAACCCUUCGAGACCACAAGUUGUAUGCCAAGUUUAGCAAAUGGAUGGAGCGGCUUAAAGAUUAUGACUAUGAGAUUCCGUACUAUCCUGGUAAGGCUAACAAGGUGGCCGAUGCAUUAAGUCGGAAGUCUUCGAUUGCGCAUAUGAUGGUUCAAGAAUGGAUUUUACUUGAAGAAAUUCGAGACUUGGAUUUCAAGUUCGAGAUAGAUGGACAAUCCGAGGGAACGAUUCAGACUCUUGAGGAUAUGCUGCGAGCCUACGUUCUGGAUUUCAAAGGAAGUUGGGAAGAACAACUACAUCUUGUUGAGUUCGCGUACAGCAACAGUUAUCAGCAAAGUAUUAGAAUGGUACUUUUCGAGGCGUUGUAUGGCAAACCCUAUAGGACUCAUGUCUGUUGGAACGAAGUUGGAGAACGAAAGAUUACGGGACCCGAGUUGGUGCAACAGUCGUAG